AUGGCAUCCGAUUGCAACAAGGGCUUUGCCGAUAGUUACAUGUUGUUGAACGCUGAAGAUGCGAGUUUCUUUGAUCUCCUUCGCAUCUUGUUUUACCCAAACUUACCUAAAAGAAAGUUUGUGGAAACCCAUGCAGAGGACUCUUUCGAUGAAAGUUUUGGCCACCGAUGGCUUAUAUUUAUUUCCAUCUUGGCCCAGAAGCUUUUGCUGCUUGUGGCCAAGCCACUAGCAUUCUUUGGGAAUUGCGUUGAGCUUUUGAUGAACUUUGUUGCCUUCAACGGCUGUGGUUUGAGACUUGUCCUUAACUUUCUCAAAGGUGGGUGGGUCCUGCCCAAUCCCAAAUCAGCAAAAUAUUUGUCUUGUAUUGGAAAUUUGGACGUGCGAGUAAAGUUGGACUCUGACGCCGUCAAGCGGGAAGAUUACAAGUACUAUCCUGCACUCUCUAUGCUGGCUUCUAAAGCAUCCUACGAGAAUGUGGCUUUCCUUAAAACUACCGUGGAAGAUCACUGGAAGAUGGAAUUUGUGGGGUUUUACAACUGCCAGAAUGAAUAUCAAGGAAAUAAAGGAAAGGCCACAACUCAAGUCUUGAUUGUCUUGGAUAAGCAUGAGGAUCGUCAUACAUAUGUUGUAGCCUUCCGAGGAACGGAACCAUUUGAUGCUGAUGCAUGGUGCAGCGAUCUUGACAUCUCUUGGUAUGGUAUUCCUGGGGUUGGAAGAAUGCAUGGUGGCUUUAUGAAAGCCUUAGGUCUACAGAAGAAUGUUGGGUGGCCUAAGGAAAUUGAUCAUCGUGAUGAGAAUCUUCCACCCUCAGCUUACUAUGUUAUUAGGGACAUUAUAAGGAAAGGGUUGAGUGAAAAUGAAAAUGCAAAGUUUAUAGUGACAGGUCAUAGUUUGGGUGGAGCACUCGCAAUUCUCUUUGGGACAAUCUUGUGUUUGCAUGAUGAGACGUUGUUAUUGGAGAGGCUUGAAGGGAUCUACACUUUUGGACAACCAAGAGUUGGAGAUGAAGCAUAUACUGAUUACAUGAGACAAAAAUUGAAGGAGCAUUCUGUCAGAUAUUGUAGGUUUGUUUACUGCAACGAUAUAGUUCCAAGGUUGCCUUACGAUGACAAGGGAAUGAUGUUCAAGCACUUUGGGACAUGUCUUUUCUUUAACCGCCGCUAUGAACUCGAGGUCCUUGAUGAAGAACCGAAUAAAAACUACUUUUCACUAUGGUGCGUGAUACCAAUGAUAUUCAACGCAAUUUUAGAAAUAAUAAGGAGCUUCAGAAUUGUCUAUCAAAGUGGACCUUACUACAGAGAAGGAUGGCUUCUCUUUUCUUUCAGGACUAUUGGCUUAAUAAUUCCUGGGUUACCUGCACAUGGUCCCCAAGACUAUAUUAAUUCCACUCUUCUAGGAUCGAUUGAAAAACACUUCAAAGUAGAGUGA